ACAGCGUGGGCGCGCUACAGCGCGCCCGGGGGCUGGCCAGGCGGCUCGGGAGCGCGCUCCGGGACCUAGCUUAACUCCAGGGGGUAGUGGGUAGGCUUCGGAGCCCGAGUCCAGCCUAGGAGGUACAGUCAGGUUGGUAACAGAAAAGGCGAAGAAGAGGACGACCUCGGCGCCGGUGGCAGCCAGCUCUAGCGGGUGGAUUCCAGGAAUUUACAAAAGGCACAGAUUUGAGCAUAAUUGAAGACUGAUUAUAUUUUGAACUCAUAAAACAGGAGUUGGAAAUAUAAUGGUGAACAAAAUAGUUGUUUCCUGCUCUCGAAGAAUUUAAAGUUUACUGAGGAAGAUACAAGCAAACAAGCAACUAACAAAGAUUCAUUUGAAAUGUGGUGGUUUCAGCAAGGCCUCAGUUUCCUUCCUUCAGUCCUUGUGAUCUGGUCGUAUUCUGCUUUCAUAUUUUCUUACAUUACUGCAAUAGUUCUCCACCAUGUCGACCCUAUUCUGCCAUAUAUCAGUGACACUGGUACAGUAGCUCCAGAAAAAUGCUUGUUUGGGGCAAUGCUAAAUAUCGCUGCAGUUUUAUGUGUGGCUACCAUUUAUGUUCGUUAUAAGCAAGUUCAUGCUCUGAAUCCUGAAGAGAACUGUAUCAUCAAAUUAAACAAGGCUGGCCUUGUGCUUGGAAUACUGGGUUGUUUAGGACUUACUAUUGUGGCAAACUUUCAGAAAACAACCCUUUUAGUAGCACACGUAAGUGGAGGUGUGCUCACCUUUGGCAUGGGCUCAUUAUAUAUGUUUGUUCAGACCAUCCUUUCCUACCAAAUGCAGCCCAAAAUUCAUGGCAAGCAAAUCUUCUGGAUCAGACUGCUGUUGGUUAUCUGGUGUGUAGUAAGUGCAUUAACCAUGCUGAUUUGCUCAUCAAUUUUGUAUACCCAUUUUAGUGUUGAUUUAGUAGAGAAACUCCACUGGAACCCUGAGGAGAAAGGUUAUGUGCUUCAUGUGGUCACCACUGGUGCAGAGUGGUCUAUGUCAUUUUCCUUCUUUGGCUUUUUCCUGACUUACAUCCGUGAUUUUCAGAAAAUUUCUUUACGGGUGGAAGCCAAUUUACACGGAUUAACCCUCUAUGAUACUGCUCCUUGCCCUAUUAACAAUGAACGAACACAACUUCUUUCCAGAGAUUUUUGAUGAAAAGAUAAAACAUUUUUGUGAUGAUUAGGAUUCUCAGGGAUUGGGGAAAAGUUCACAUAAGUUACUUACUCUGCUCUGAAAAUUUCUACCAGUUAAUCAAGGCUGACAGUGACAUUGAUUAAUACUGAUCAUUGGGAAAGAUGAAAUAAGCCAUUAAUAAAUUAUCAGGUCAUUGGAAAAGUUGUCAUGUGUUUUUCUGUGCAAAACAUUUGUCAUGACUGUUCCAAUGACUCAGUAUUUUAAAGGAUAUCAUCAAGAGGACUACUUAAAAAUAUGCCUAUACUUUUUUUAUCCUAGAAAAUAAAACCAAAGGAAUACAACAUUGCAUAAUAGUUUUUUGUACUUUUAUAUGAGAGAAACAUCCUGAAGUUCACCAAGUAGUCUGUACAACCUAGCCUUUUUACAUUUUAUAAAUCAUCGUAAAGCAUAUUUUAUUGGGUGCAUGUUUAUGAGAGACAUAAUUGUUUUAAAUAAUUAGCAUUGUUCAGUACAUUUUUUGAAUUGGGUCUUGAAGUAGUUUUUACUGUGUUAAUGCCUUUCUUAGAGAUUAAAAUUUUUUUGUUGUUGUUCUGGAAUGUAUCUAUAAAGGGAGGCAGGUCUGAAUUCAUUUGAGUUCUUUCAUGGCUUAAGCUUUGCUUAAGAGAUUUUGUAGAUAUUGCUUUGAUUCUGGCCACAACACCAGUUGUUAUGGUAACUGGUCUGUCAUACCCACUUGCAAUAGAUUCAUAAAACUAAGUUUCUAGUAUGAAAUUUGUGAAAAAAUUACUUAUUUAAUUUUAUUUAUUAUUAUUUUAAUUUGCUAUAGGGCACCUGUGCUCACUAAAGAGAGAGAGAAAGUGAGAAAGCAAUAGCCAGAUCUGAGACUUAAAACGGUGGUCAGCCUUGUGGGAGUAUAGCAUCUCAACCACCAGUCCACCUGCUGGCCCUUCUAGUUUGAAAUUUUAAUCACCAAUAAAGGAGAGAUGUACCUUUUGAUAAAAUUAAUCAUGUUUUACAUACUGUAAUUAGUAUUCAUAUAUAAUGAUGAUAAGUUUCUGAAUAUCAGCAGAUAUAAUUUGUAUCAAAUAAGUCACCCCACACUAUAGUCAAAGCUUCUUAGAUAUUUCUUAGAACAAAUUAAAAUUACUUAUAAGAGUAGUAUUCAACAGGUAAACAUUGAGCCUUUUUAACGUUAUGUGAUCUUGAAGAAUAUAAAUCCUAAAGAAUAAAAUCAGCAAUUAAGAACAAAAAGUAACUAGAUACAGGAUAAUCAUAAUAUAUGCAUCUAUCAAAUCAUUUUUCUCUUUUUCUCUGGCUAUGAAAGUGACUGGAUAGUUUCUUCUUGGGUUCCUAUCUAUGAAGAUAAAAAUUGGUUUAGAGAUUUCUGAUAAAAAGAAAAAACAAAAUGCUGACCUGAACAGGGCUAAAUGGCAAUCUGGUUUGCAGUAAAACCUUUGAAUAAGCUUAGCAAGGUUUAUCUUUAUAGAAGUGAUGGUUCCAUGGUCAGAAGAAAAAGAGGUGAGAAAAACUUUUAAAAUGUAAGAAGGAGCAACGUAAAGGAAAAUGCUUAUAUGAUACAACUAGAAACCUUGAUUAUAAGUAAGUUGCUAGACAUAGAAAUCAGUAAAUAACAUUUCUGAAGACUGGUGGACUCGUGAAACAGGAAUUAGAAUAAAAUGAGCUAUAGCUUAUGACAUAGAGAGGGGUGGGGGGGGGGGGUGAAAAAGCAAGCCACCAGGUCUAGGACUUGAACCGCGACUGGCCUGUGGGAGUCCAGUACCUUAACUACCACACCGCUUGCCAGCCCCCAGCAUAUUAUUUUUAAAGGAGGACAUAAGACUCACAAGUGACUUCCUAACAAAUAGUGGAAAUUAGAAGGCAUCAAAUGAUGUAAUCGAAGAGCUAAAUAAAUUACCAACCUGAAUCUGUACAUCAGGUGAAAAUAUCUAUCAAAAUGAAGGCAUUUGAGGAAUGGCAAGUGCCAUGAAUUUUUUCCAUCAGGUCUUCACAUAAGGAAAUAUUAAAGGAGGUUCUUAGACAAAAGAAAAGAUUCCAGAGGCAAUAGUGGAAAUGGAAGAAUAAACAGAAAUGGGUAAAAAAAAAAAAAAAAUCUAAGUUUAUGUAAAGUUACAAUAGUAGCAAUAAUAGUAAAAACAAUUAGUAUAUAUUGGACUUUAAAGCAUGUAUAUAAUUAAGUCCUAUGAAAAAGUACAUAUAAAUCAGGGGAGAGGUAAAUGGAAUAAGAAUGUUUUAAGUUCCUUUAAUUGUUCAGAAAAGGCCCAGAACAUUUUGCCGCUAAUAAGUGAAAGGGCGUAUUAAGGACUGAACGCUUGUGUCUUGCCUUUGAAAUUAGUAUGUCGAAGCACUAAACCUAAUAUGAUUGUAUUUGGAGGUGGUACCUUGGAGAGAUAAUUAGGUUGAUAAGAGGUCAUAAAGAUGGAGUUCUCAUGAUGAGACUGGCUCCCCUAUAAGAAGAGUAGCUGCCUUGGCUCCCUCUCUCCCUAUUUUGUGAGAACACAGCAAGAAGGCAGUCAGAGUUUUUAUCAGAAUUCAGCUUUGUUGACACACUGAUCUCUUGACUUCUCAGACUCCAGAACUAUGAGAAAUAAAUGUUUGUUGUUUAAACCAUCCAAUCUAUGCUAGUCACCUUACUUGAACAAUUUUUUAAUUAAAGAAACAAACAUAUUUCCCAUCUUUUAAGAAAGAACUAUAAUUCCCUUUUAAAAAGGUAAAAUCUCUUUUAUUAAAAAUGUCAGCCAAUGUAAAAGGAAUUGGAAACAUUUAGAAAUAUUUAGUAAGUAUUUACUCAGGAUCAAAGUAAUUAGUUGUGAAAGUUGUCAGGGAACAAGACAUUCACCUAGUAGUAUACAAGCAUAGUGAGUGUUUUCCUAUUUGACUGGUGGUCAUCACAAAUCAGGAGAUCAAAUUGAGUCUCACUAAUACUCAGAUAUUGAUAUAUCAUCCUCAGUGAGUGAAAGUCAAGGACAACAUUCUAUCAUUCUUGUCUUUUUAGAAAAAUUAUUUCCAUUGAAAUAUAUAGUUCUUAUAUAUGCAAUUCGGUGAGUUCCCUUGUGGCCCUUUUCCAGUCCUUACCCUUUAGUCAGUUGACUUUCAACCAUAGAUGAGUUCUGCCAGUUUUAGAGUAUCAGAAGUAGUCGUACAUUAGAUACAAUUGCCUAUUUCACUUCAUUCUCUCAGCAUAAUGCUUUAAGGAUUUAUCCAAGCUAUUGUGUCUUUUUUUUUUUUUCCUUUUACUCCUGAGUAUAUUUUCAUUUUUUUUUUAAAAUACCACAAUUUGUUUGUAGGUGCCUCUUUUGAUAUAAAUUUGGGUUUACAUUUGAGCCAUAUAAACAAAGCUGCUACAGACAUUCUUGUACAAAUAUUUUUGUGUUAAUGUGUUUUGAUUUCUCUGGGAAAACAGGUAGAAUUGCUUCAUUGUAAGGCUGACAUAUGUAUGACUUUUUG